GCGAUAAUAAAGUUAAAAAUAUUGUUCCUUGUCUAAUGUUCAACCUUAUUGUGGAUUAAUCGUGUGUUACUUUAAGUUGCAUAUGUCAUGUGAUGUAAUGAUUGCAUCUGCUUAAGGCUUAGAAUCGGGGAUUGCAGUUUCGGCCAGAAAAUUCAUAAAGUAUUUGAUUUGUGGUUGAGUAAGAUGGGAUGAUGCGUAUUCUAAGACGGAAGGUUUUUGUUGUAUUCAUUGUCAUCGUAGGACUCAUCAGCAUCUGUUCCUUCUGGUUCAGUUGUGCCAGCAGCAAUGACCUCACCAAGCAGGAUGACGCCUUCUACAGAGAUGUAAGUCACCUUACAAACCGAUAUGCUCAGCCAGAAUCACUUUUGAUUGGUCAACAGCUUAAACAGUUACAAGAGAAAUCAUCAGAGGUGAAAGACGCUGAUGCUGAUCCCGAUGAUAUUCCCUAUGAGGAGAUAGAAACUAGUGUCAAUGAUGAGUAUACAGUGGUAGGAAGACGUGAAGGGGAUGAGGUCUAUCUGCCAUUCUUUGGCUUCAUUCAAAAAUAUUUUGAGGUGUAUGGCAGGCUAACAGAUAACAAACAGAGGUUCAUAUUUGAACAUAGCUACUCGAAGAUCUACAAACCCAAUGGCAUGUACACUCCAACUGGUAUCUUCAUGUCCUUUGAACACUACAAUGUAGAAGUGCGGGAUCGUGUAAAAUGUAUCAGUGGAAUAGAGGGUGUCCCUCUAUCGACACAGUGGGGUGCCCAUGGCUAUUACUACCCCAUCCAGAUAGCCCAGUAUGGUCUUAGUCACUUUAGCAAGUUCCUUAUAGAGGACAAACCAAGUGUCACCGUCUAUGAGAAUGGAGAGGAUUGUACAGAUAUGGAGUGGCAGGUCUCAGGCCCUGCCUCCCACGUGAGGUGUGUCCCUGAUGAUGAAAUUGACUCCGAUGUCUUGGCUUUCAAGACUCCAGAAUCACUAGGCAAUCCUGGUGCUUUAUUCCACUUAGACGAAGAUUCCAAUUUCUUCAUGUCCCUCGAUCUUAAGUUUAUCACCAAUGGGAGUAUAACUGUCUUGGUAGAGACAAAGGCCAAAUCCGCACCACUAUUCCAUAUACACUAUGCGUGCAGUCAGACACUAAUUCACGCAACUGGUAAUGAAAUAUAUUAUGGGAUUGGCGAUCGCCAGACAUGGAGUCACAUGACUAGAGAUAUCCCGACAGAUUUCCAGAAAGGGCUAACUUUGUUGUAUCCCAAACAGAAAAAAUUAAAGAUGAAAUUUGCAGUACGUAGAAUAGUAAGCAUAACAUUACAUGGUACUGGAUACGUAGACAAUAUCACAUUUUCAAGUGUGACUCAUUUAGCUCAAUUUUAUUACGCGGCCAAUUGGCUUGUUCGUCACCAAGACCGCACGGGUGGAUGGCCAAUAAUGGUCACACGUAAACUAGGGACAUUUGAUUCCUUAGAUCCUGGUUGGUAUUCAGCUAUGGCCCAGGGGCAGGCAAUAUCUCUGUUAACUAGAGCUUAUAUAAGAACUAAGAAAGAAAUGUACCUUCAAUCAGCAUUACGAGCCACCAAGGUGCUUAAUAUAAACAGUCAAGACGGUGGGGUGCGUGCCACCUUCAUGGACAAGUAUGUGUGGUAUGAGGAAUACCCUACAAAUCCUAGCAGCUUCGUUCUCAAUGGCUUUAUUUAUUCCUUGAUUGGUCUUUACGAUCUUAAGACCAUCGCACCGCCAGAGCUUAGUGGCGAAGCUGAAAAACUCUUCAAGCAAGGCAUGACGUCACUAAAACAUAUGCUCCCUUUGUUUGAUACAGGAUUGGGGAGCAUAUAUGAUUUACGUCAUGUCACAUUAGGCGUUGCACCAAACCGUGCACGCUGGGACUACCAUUCCACUCACAUUAACCAAUUGCUGCUCCUAAGCACUAUAGACAAUGCCCCUAUAUUGAAAAAUACUGCCGAAAGGUGGACGGGCUAUAUGAUAGGCAAAAGGGCAGCCCAUAAUUAGCCUUUGAGGAACUCAACCAUCAUGUAUUUCUAUACCAAUAUACAAUCCUCACAGUUUUUGUCAAAUAUUUUGUUUUGAUAUCAUAGAUUUCAAUUACAUUUAAUUAAAUAUCCAUUGGUUUGGGAGACACAAUAAUUUAAUAAUAAUAGCAUAUUUUGACUAGUGUGUUACAUUCGGAGGCAUAAUAUAAAAUUGAUAUAAAAGAGGGUGGGCUAAAACACCAACUUAAAAUUGACAAAUGUACUCAAUUCAUCCAAUAAUUUUAGGGUUGAUUUAGCCUACCCUGUAUACUAUUGUGAUCAAAGAAUAAUUAUGUCUAACAUACAGGAUAAGUGUUUUCGAAUUUGAAAUCAUUGCUCAUGCUAUCUUUUACUCCGAUGAGUCAGUUUAAUGCACAGUCACAAAAUUCAGCAGUUGCUCCCUUUAUUAACAUAGAGCAGUUAUCUAAUUGGUAUUGAUUUUCGGGGGUUAUGUGUUAAACUGCAAUGGGAGAAUUAUUGCUGUUAACAUAUUCACUGUUCCACAGCUGGAUGA